GGCUCACUCGGGGAGCUUGGAGAAGGAGGAUCUCGGCACUCGAAUCAGCCGCCUGACCCGGCGGGUGGAGGAGAUCAAGGAAUUGAACUCGGGUCAUCUUUGGCGGCAAGCGCUUUUACUGUCUGAGCCAUCUCCCCAGUCCUUCUAAUCAUUUGAAGAGCUUUAAGAUUAUCUCUUAAAGAUUAUCUGCUACUCAGAAGAUGGAAAUUCGUAAAAUAAGGGUGAGGUGUGCAAUAUGAUCAGCAAGAAGUACAGUGAAUUCCUGCCUACCAUGCAGAGUGCACAGGACCUGGUUACCCAGGUGGACAAGCUAUCUAAUGACAUCGACCAGCUGAAAUCCAGGAUAGAGAGUGAGGUCCGUCGGGAUCUUCACAUAUCGACUGCUGAAUUUACAAGCUUGAAGCAGCAGCUGGAAAGAGACUCUGUAGUCCUGGAUUUGCUCAAACAAUUGCAAGAGUUUUCUUCUGCUAUUGAAGAGUAUAAUAGUGCAUUAGCGAAGAAGAAAUACAUCGCUGCUGCUCGGCACCUGGAGGAGGCACAGGAAUGCUUGAAGUUAUUAAAAUCCAGAAAAUGCUUUGACUUGAAAAUGUUGAAGUCUCUCAGCAUGGAGCUUACUGUCCAGAAGCAGAACAUCCUUUACCACCUCGGAGAAGAGUGGCAGAAGCUGAUUGUAUGGAAGUUUCCCCCGUCAAAAGAUACCAGCAGCUUAGAAUCUUGCCUACAAACAGAGCUUCAUUUCUGCACUGAACAACCCCAGAAGGAGGAGGUGGCCCCUCUGCCAUCCAUCAGCUCUGUCCUCUUGGCAUUUUCCAUUCUUGGAGAAUUACCCACCAAGCUGAAAUCAUUUGGUCAGAUGCUGCUGAAGUAUAUGCUUAAACCUCUGGUGACUUGCCCAUCACUCCAUGCUGUGAUUGAAAAGCAGCCGGAUUCAGUUACCAUUCGCUUUCAGUCUCUGACAACAGACUUGGAACAUCCGUCACCACCUGAAGCUUUUGCAAAGAUCCGAUUAGUCCUGGAAGUGCUCCAGAAACAGCUUCUAGAUUUGCCUCUUGACACAGACCUAGAAAAUGGAAAAGCCCCUGAGAUCCUGUUGGCUGAGAUGCUUGGUGAUGUGAUCUGGGAGGACCUGUCUGAGUGCCUCAUCAGAAACUGCUUGGUUUAUUCGAUUCCCACAAAUAGCAGUAAGCUACAGCAAUACGAGGAGAUCAUACAGUCCACUGAAGAAUUUGAAAAGUCCCUGAAGGAGAUGAGAUUUUUAAAAGGUGAUACUACCGACUUGCUGAAAUAUGCUCGGAAUAUCAAUUCUCAUUUUGCUAAUAAGAAGUGCCAGGAUGUGAUUGUGGCAGCUAGAAACCUAAUGACCUCCGAAAUUCACAACACUGUGAAGAUCACCCCUGAUUCUAAGGAAGCUGUACCAGACUUACCCAGCCCUGAUGUGGAUAACAAGCUACAGGUGCAGAAGGUGUGCAAAAUGCAGUUCAGCGACACUGGGAACCUAGAGCCUGAGACAUCACUGGACCCACAUUCCUUUUCUUUACCCACGUGCCGCAUCAGCGAGUCUGUGAAGAAGUUAAUGGAGCUUGCUUAUCAGACUUUACUAGAGGCAACAACAAGUAGUGAUCAAUGUGCCGUUCAGCUUUUCUACUCAGUGAGGAAUAUCUUCCAUUUGUUCCAUGACGUGGUGCCAACAUACCACAAGGAGAACCUUCAGAAGCUCCCCCAGUUGGCUGCCAUUCACCAUAACAAUUGCAUGUAUAUUGCUCACCACUUGCUGACCCUGGGUCAUCAGUUCAGAUUGCGUCUUGCUCCCAUUCUUUGCGAUGGCACGACUACCUUUGUGGACCUUGUACCUGGCUUCAGAAGACUUGGCACAGAGUGUUUUUUGGCCCAAAUGCGGGCGCAGAAAGGAGAACUUCUGGAAAGAUUAUCAAGUGCUAGGAGCUUUUCCAACAUGGAUGACGAAGAGAAUUAUUCUGCAGCAAGCAGAGCAGUGAGGCAGAUACUGCACCAGCUAAAGAGACUUGGAAUUGUGUGGCAGGAUGUCCUGCCGGUGAAUAUUUAUUGCAAGGCUAUGGGGACCUUGCUAAACACCUCGAUUGCUGAGAUGAUUAGCAGAAUCACUGCUCUGGAGGACAUCUCAACUGAAGAUGGCGAUAGAUUGUAUUCCCUGUGCAAAACUGUGAUGGAUGAAGGGCCGCAAGUGUUUGCACCUCUGUCUGACGAGAACAAGAACAAGAAAUACCAGGAAGAGGUUCCAGUCUAUGUGGCCAAAUGGAUGCCUUUCAAAGAGCUGAUGAUCAUGCUGCAGGCUAGCCUGCAAGAAAUUGGAGAUCGGUGGGCAGAUGGAAAGGGGCCCCUGGCAACUGCAUUCUCUUCCAGCGAAGUAAAAGCUUUAAUCCGUGCCUUGUUCCAGAACACAGAAAGAAGAGCUGCUGCCCUUGCUAAGAUUAAAUAGUUCUCCCUCCCUGAGAAAGCCUCUCUUGACUCUGGUUCCUCCACGGCUGUCAUUAUUUCCUUCAGAACUUCUCAGAAUCACUCAUUGCUUUUGGUGAACCAAUAUAUCAUGGAAGUGUGACUUCACAUCAGGACACCUGACAUGGCCUGGAUGAAGGCUUUCUGAACUGGAUAUUAGGACAUCACUUUAAGCAAUUCACUGGGUUCCAUGACUGUUGCUGCUCUCCCUUGCCAAGUAUGAAUCUGCUGGGCAGCGUGAUUUGUACCCAGGCCCUCUGAGAGCUGUGUACAUUGUAAUUUUAGACCCUAGCUUUGGACAUUCCAAAGUUAGGGUUAAGAAUUUGUAAGAUACUUUUUUGGGGGGAGGGUGGGGAUUAGGGGCACAUUACUUGGCCUUACAAGAAUUAGGGAAACCUCUUAUAUUUCUUUCCAGUAAAUAAUGCCUUUCAGAGUUAAGAGUGAGUGUCUUGAAUAACAUGAGCUGUGGCCAAAGAGACCAACACCACGUUUUCUUACAGCUUUUCCUUUUCCUGAAGUCUGACUCGGGUGUGUCCUGCCUUUGAGCUAGGGUCUGGCUAGUUCUCUCCGACCUUGCACUCUCAACCCCCCCUUGGCUUCCCAACUGUAAGCACCCACCACCAAGACUGCCUUGCCCCUCUUCAUAAGACCACCUCAUGUUUUUGAGAAGUUUUUGGCAUGUUUUGCUAUUGUGGCGAAAUUCAAUUUUUUUGGAUGGAUCCCUUCUCUUGCUGCCCCCAUUCUCAAGUCCUGUUUUUUCUGUUUCCUGUCAAAUGUCAAAAAUUCUAAAUUGCCAGAGUUCCUUUGGAAAGUUAUGUGGAUGAAAUCUAACACCCUAGUCCUUUAGUUGGCGCACAUAGGUGAUCUCUUUAUUUUGCCUGUGUUUAUGUUUGUGGGUGUGGUUUGUGUGUGUUCACACCUAUGUGUGGAGGCCAGCAGUUGCUGUCAGGUGUCUUCCUCCAUUGCCCUCCACCCUCUUGAGGCAGGAUCUCUCACCUGGACUCAGCUCACCCCUUUGGCUAGUUCUUCCUGAGUGCUGGGAUUGCAGGUGGGUCACCUCAAGGCCUGGCAUUUAUGCAGGUGGUGGGGAUCGAACCUCCUUUCCUCACACUGGCAUGGCAGGUGCUUUACCCCUGGAACCAUCUCCCCAGACCCAGCACAGACUUAAGUUUUCAGCUCAGCUUCGUGUUUGAGACCUUUGUAGUCUUUGGAGAUGCAUACUGUGAAAGCUCUCCCAGAUUGUGCUCUCGAUACCAUUUCCCUUUCAGAAAGGGGCCGGGAAGUGUAUUCUUGGUGUGCUUCAGAGGCAGGUGCUCUGAAGGGGUUCCAGUACGUGGGCCUGCAGCUUCGGUCUGCACUGUCCCAAUCCUUUGCCUCUGAGAAACUCCAUUUUCCUACUGUCUUUUAUGUUCUCUGUUUUCACCCUCUUGGUCUUAGUUCUGAUUCGAUCCUGUUAAUCAAGCCAUUCUGCUUGCUUAGUCUUUCUUUUCCUAUUUGAGGGUCAUAAAACUAACUAUUAAAAAAAGAAAAAGACGUUUCUUUUGGA